AUGGUUUCUUGGGAGGACUUACUUUGGGAAGCGGAAAGGCAAUUAACCAAAGCAUAUAGAGCUUUGAAUGAUGCUAAAAGAGAAAUGAAUGCUUGUAAAUGUUUCGAGGAGAGAAAUAGUGAAGCGAUAAGAAGAGAGCAACAAACAAGAGGAGCCGAAAAUCGUAUAAGACAAUUGCAACAGGAUAAUUUGGAACAAAAACUUUCUAUUAAGAGAGAAGAUUUAGAAAGAACAAUUAUUGAUUUAGGAGUUAGUAGAGAUAACAAAAAUGAAAUUAGAAGGAACUUGUGUGAUGCUUAUGAGAGAUGGCUUAAAGUUAUGGAAAGAAAUGGUCACAAUGAACGAGAUAAUUGUGUUAAGAGAGCAUGA